AUGGCUUCAACAUACGUGAUUCGUGUUUCCUUUCCUUUUUCUCGGGCGUUAUCUGCGUCAGGGGCGCCUUCGCUUGUCGCUCCCGCGAGACAACUUCCCCACACAGACUCUGCGGCGUCUCUUUCUUCUUCCAGUUUUGCGUCCGCGCCCUCUCGUCUCGCUUCUUCUCUUCCACUUGCUUCUUCUCGCUCUGGAUGCCUUUUUGCUGCGUCCUCUCUUUCUUCUUCUCGCCGCGCUGCCCGCUGGUCUCAGAGAGGCGUCUGGACCUUGGGCGCGUCCUCUGCUCACCUUCUAUCUCCUUCUUCUUCUUCCUCUCUCUCUGCGUCGUCUUCUCCGGCUUCUUCACUCCUGGGAAGCUGCAUGCAGGCGACGCGGUGUGCAACCUCAGUCGCCUCGUCUCCUCCUUCUCCAGCUUCUUCUUCUCCUUCCUCUCCUUCUUCAGAGGGCACUCAGGUACCGAGUGAAUCAGGCCCAAGCGAGGCUGAGGCGCGAGGGCCAGUGAGGAGCGGCUCGGAGUCAAGAAGUCCUGAUGACGUUGCAAAGCAGGGAGGAGAGAAGAACUCUCAACGUAAUGAGUCAUCUGAGCAUGGCAACGAGGUGGACGGCUCGCGGACCGAAGGGCGCUUCUCAGCGAUCUUCUUGUCCAGUCUUCUCUUGGGCGGACUGAUCGUGGAAGGAGGUCGAGUCUACGAACGCGUUGUUAGAGAGAAAAGGACUUUCUCAGAGGCUUUUUUCGCUGAAAUUCGCGACCUCGAUUCCCAAAUGAGCAAGUGGAACGAGCAACUUCACAUCUAUCUCGACCAGAAGAUUGGUACCGGCAAGAAGGAGGCAGAGCCGCUCUUGCCGGACCUUGCGGAGAUCAACGCACCGGACUUGAUGCCGACGCUGGUCUUGAACUUCGACAACGUCUUGGCAUCUAUCGCUUACGACCCUGUGAAGGGAUACAUUGUGAGGAAGCGUCCCGGCGUCGAUGCCUUCCUGUCGACACUGGCAAACUUCUACGAGCUGGUGCUUUGGAGCGACCAUCCCUUCCCGUUCAUUGAGGAUCUGCUCCGAGCGCGUCUCGAGUGGCCGAUCUCCUUCACGCUCUAUCAGGAGAACAUGGAUCGCCGGGGCUCCUCCCGCUAUCGGAACCUGGAGCGCCUCGGUCGCCGCAUGGACCGCGUGCUGUACAUCGACAUCGACGGCUCCGUGCUACCCUCGACACAAAUGCGAAACUUUAUCAAAGUGACUCCUUUCCACGGCGAAGCACAAGAGAUGCUUGAAGACCAUGCGUUGCCUGAGUUGACGGACCUUCUUAUCGGCGCGGCCGUCUCGGCAGGCGACGUGAGAGAAAUGCUUCUUCGCUAUGGAGGGGGCGCCGACGGGAACGUCGGAAAGCGGUUUCUCCUCGAGAAGAUCGACGCAGAGAAACGCGCGAAUCAAAGAAGGAGCAUCGGACGCGUCUUCGGUCUAAGUGGCGCACCUGGCCCCCAGCAGAGACAAAAGUGGGAAAAGGCCUAG